AUGAAUGAUCCUGAACCUCCCACUGGUGUGAAGAAACCCAUGUCCAUGACUAGUUUGUAUCUCGAUCCCAUCAACAUUGAACCUAAUGUUGUUGCUGACAGAGACAAUGUUGAUAAGAAUAUAUGUGUGAUGAUCUCUCAAGUUUUGGGGAUUGACCCGAAGACAAAUGUUGUGCCGGAUGUAUCCACAUCCUUGACCCAACCAAAUAAAAAUACUGAGAACCCCAAAGAUAAUCAUGAUGUGCAUGCACCUACUAUCUCUCUUGAGAAAUCUCAAGACAAAGAAAGGUCCGAAGAUAUAAUUAAUGAGCUGGAUAAAAACCUUGUUGAUCAACCCACUGACAUUGUUAAUAUUGAGGAAUUGAACUCUGAUGAUGUUCCUAUCGGGCAAAGACUGGCUCCUGACAUAGCUAAAAGGUUGAAGAACAGGAAAGAUCAAGUUGUUGGGUUCUCCAACACUCCCUCCAAAUCUGUUAGGAAGAAGGUUAGCGUUGGUCCUACUAAAAGAUGGAGCAAGGUGGUUACUCCUACGCCUAAGAAAAAGUCUAUGAAAAUGAAGGAUGUUCCCUCUGAAUCUAGUGAAUCUAAUCAGGAUGUCAAACACAAUGUUCAUGAUAUCAUCUCCACUUCCAAAAAGCAAGCCUAUGGGAAAAAGAUUCCAGCCAACAUUCCUGAAGUUCCGCUUGACAACAUCUCUUUUCACUUUGUUGAAAAUGUUGAAAAAUGGAAAUAUGUUUACCAAAGAAGGUUAACACUGGAAAGGGAAUUGGGGAAGAAUGUGUUUGAAUGUAAAGAGGUGUUGAGUCUGAUUCAAGAAUUCGGGUUGAUGAAAACUAUAACAGGCUUUGGCAAGUGCUAUGAAAUGCUGGUCAAAGAGUUUAUUGUGAACAUCUCCAAAGAGUGUGACAACAAAAGGAGCAAGGAAUUCAAAAAAGUGUAUGUCAUAGGAAGAUGUAUGGAUUUUUCUCCUGAAAUAAUUAAUAGGUUCUUGGGCAGAAAUGAAGAAGAACAAGCUGAAAUUGAAGUCUCAGACAAUGUCAUCUGCAAAGAUAUCACUGCUAAGCAAGUAAAAGAAUGGCCAAGGAAAGGAAAAUUGUCUGCUAGUGCCUUGAGUGUGAAGUAUGUUGUUCUCCACAGAAUUGGAGUUGCUAAUUGGGUGCCAACCAAUCACACCUCCAAUAUAGCUAUUGGGCUAGGUGAGUUCACCUAUAUUAUUGGGACAAAGUCAAAUAUUGAUUUUGGUUCCUAUGUUUUUGAUCAGACUAUGAAACAUGUUGCAUCUUAUGCUGAAGGUGGUGUGAAAGCUGGUGGAACUGAUGAGGAAGAGGAUAAUGAAGACAUAACUGUUGCCAGUGAUGAGGAAGAGACUAACAGUGAUGAAGAUUAA